CCCGAUCUGCUUCCGGUGCAGGGAGCGGGGCCACAUGGGGAACGACCCCAACUGCCCCAAAUUUCCAAAACAGUCAAAAGAGCGCAGACUCCUUCCCAACAUGUUGGUGAAAGUGGAGGAGGCUCCAGGCAUAUGGUUCGUCGUAGACAGCAAUUACGAUGGCUGGGUCUUCGAUGACAACCUGGAAGAACCCGAUUGGGUAUGGCACUACGUGGACAGGGAACCGCUGGUCAAGAAACUGAACAUCUUCCCGCCAGCGGACAGCAGAUGGCAGAAGAAAGCUACGGGGAAAUUGCCAGGAAACCCAACAAGAAUUAGGACUGACCCUCUCAUAGAGCCCCGGGUGAUCAGGGAAGAGAAAGACAGGGAAGAUCUCCUGUGGGAUCUAGAUGCAGUAAAGGAACAAGUGAUGCAGGAAUUCGACAAAGAAGCUACAAGCUUCAGAUGCAAGCUGAAAAGUUUAGAACAGGCGUCACUCCAGCAAAGAAGCAAGGAUCAAACAGAAAACAAACGAACGCUGAACAGUGAAGGUCAGGAGAUGAUGGAGGGUACACUCAAGAAGAGAAAGGCAGUAAAUGCAGGAGGAGAAGAGGUAACAGUAACUAAACCUGUUGUGGUCGGCCAAGGGGACAAGGCAAAGGGGGAAGGGAAAGCGGAGUCGGACACCAUAGCUGAUGUGAGCAGCGCAGAGGGAGACAACCCGGACAAGGAAAGUGAGAAGGAAUCUCAGUGAUCGCUCCAGUGGCUCAGAGAAUAUGUAGAGAAAGUCAAAAGGGAAAGGGAACAUGCAUUCAACAUC